AUGAAGGGUAUGUUUUUGGAUGACAGUAUGUCAAACUUAACAUCAGCAUCAAAUGAAGCAAGCCUAUCUUCAUCAAGUAACAAGAAUGAAGUUGGUACUAUGUACCCUCCACCACAGCAGAUGCAACAGUCCUCCUUAGCUUCUGUGCCAAUUAAUUCCGACAAUCAAACGCAAACGAACAAGAAAAAGAGAAAUCUUCCAGGCAAUCCAGACCCAGAGGCCGAGGUGAUAGCUAUGUCUCCAAAAUCGCUGAUGGCAACAAACAGAUUUGUAUGUGAGAUUUGCAACAAAGGGUUUCAAAGAGAUCAGAAUCUUCAGUUGCAUAGACGAGGUCACAAUCUGCCAUGGAAGCUGAAGCAAAGAUCAAAACAAGAGGUGGUUAGGAAGAAAGUGUAUGUAUGCCCAGAACCCAGUUGUGUCCACCAUGAACCCGCAAGAGCACUUGGAGACCUCACUGGUAUCAAAAAGCAUUUCUCAAGAAAACAUGGCGAGAAGAAAUGGAAAUGCGAGAAGUGUUCGAAGCGAUAUGCUGUUCAAUCCGACUGGAAAGCUCAUUCCAAGAUUUGUGGCACACGAGAAUAUCGAUGUGAUUGUGGCACACUUUUCUCAAGGAGGGACAGCUUCAUCACUCACAGAGCCUUCUGUGGUGCUUUAACAGGAGAAAAUGCAAGAUCUUCAUCAUCAUCAUCAUCCUUACUACUUUCAUCAAAUCACCUUCCUCUCCAUUUGCCAAUCAGUUUCCCACUCAAAACUGAACCACAGCAUCUCCUGCAACACCCACAACUCAAUUCAAACAUCAUGACAAACACUUUACAACAAAAUCAUCAGUUACCAUCAUGGUUUGUUCAUCAUCAUCAACAAAACCCUACCCCUAAUAAUAACAAUUCAAGUAAUAAUCUUCAUCUUCCUUCUCCUUCUUCUCCUCCUCACAUGUCUGCCACCGCAUUGCUCCAAAAGGCAGCUCAGAUGGGUGUGACCAUGAGCAAGCCUGCAACUGGUACCAAUUCUGCCAUGGUCAUGUCACUGCAGCAACAGCAACAGCAACAUCAACAGCAACAGCAACAGCACCAGUCUAUUCUAAGUGGGCCCCACCAUCAUGAUCACAUGUGUGCACCUACAUCACUGUUAACAGCUCAUCAUCACGCUUCCGGUCUUGGAAAUUUGUCUUCAAGUGAUAAUGAACAACAAGGGAUGCUGGGAUUAGGUGGCGGGUUAGCUAACGUGAACACCGCUUGCUUCGACCACCAAACCGAUGCUAUGCAUGCUCACUCUCAGCUGCUGCAUACUGAAUCCUUGGCUUGUACAACUGGAAUGUCAACUGCAUUUCAAGAGGCUUAUAAUGGCAUGCUGAGUUCCACAAAGAGUGCUCAUGGCUUUCAAGAAGCAUUUAUAUCAGCGUCAGGCGAAGCAGCACUGAACCCGAGUAAAGGAAAUGGCGGUGGUCAAAACGAUGAGUUGACAAGGGAUUUCUUGGGACUUACAGGAUUUCCACCUCAUACUGUUGAUCAUCAUUUUCUCAGUAUGGCUGGUUUGGAUCAGUUAAGCAAUUCUUCACCCUAUCAUCAUCAGCAGCAACAAGAUAAUCAUAGCCAGAACCAAAAUCAAUUACCUUGGCAUGGGUAAUGUUAAGCUAGCAAGUCCAUGGACGAUAAUGGGAAAAUUCAACUUAUAUAUUUUCACCCUAUUAUCGUGUUUUACGGCGCUUACUUACAUAGUCCUUUUUGCUUAUUACAGUUGAUUUUGUUAGGUUUAAUCGCCAGGCAAACUUUACAAUUCUCGUUUCU